AUGGAUCAUCAAUCACCCUCUACGGAGUCCGAACGGGAGAAUUCGCUCUUUCUCAAGCUCGUGUACUGGCACAAGCUGUUUGAAUCUGACACCCCUCCGCGUCUGGGCAUUGACGUCCAAAAACGUAUACCAUAUGCGACCAUGUGUGCGUUUGUUCCUGGAGUAGCUUUGGGCUAUGUCCACGGCAGCAAAAAAGCUGGCUUGCUGUUCCGCGCAGAGAACGCCCAUCGAUUCCCCACAACCUCGACUGGCUGGUUUCAAUAUCACAAGACCAAAAACUAUAUCUCUAUCGUGGGUGGUGUAAAGGAUGGCAUAAGAAUGGGAGCUAAGCUCGGUGUCGGGGCUUUGGCAUUUUCUCUUUUCGAGGAGACAGUGGACUAUGCUCGGCAUGACGAGAGAGACUUUUUGUCGACUGUCACGGCCGGGUUAUCGUUCUCUGGUAUUUACAGCUUACUAGCUCGCCACGACGUCUAUACUGCUGCUCGUACCGCAAAAUUCGGAUUGAAAUUGAGUCUGACCUAUGGUCUAUUACAAGACGUCCUGGAAUCUGCGAAAGGAAAUCGCCCCAAGUACUUGGAUUUCUUCUUUGGCAAACGGAAUUCAAGAAGAGAGGACCAGGGUAGUAUCUGA